UCUAGUAGUCUCAAAAACAAAAACAAAAACAAAAAAGACAAAAAAUUCUAGUAGUCUCGAAUUGGAGCUAGAAAAAAAUCAGGACGAAACACAAUGGUUAAAGCAACGAAGAAGAAAAGUGGAAACGAACCGCCAAAUCCAGAAGCAGAAGAAAGAAAAAGAUUAAAGAAUUUAGGGUUUUCAAGAAACUUAUUAUCUCAAACUCCUGCAAAACUUUAUUCAACUCUAAAUCCAUCAAAAACUGUAAUCAAACAUCAUGGAAAAGAUAUAAUCAAGAAAUCACAGAGAAAAAAUAGAUUUCUCUUUUCAUUUCCUGGUCUUAUUUCUCCUCUUACUGGUGGAAAGAUCGGUGAAUUGAAAGAUUUGGGUACAAAGAAUCCAAUACUUAACCUAGAUUUCCCUCAGGGUCAAGUGAAGUUAUUUGGUACUAUUGUUUAUCCAAAGAACAGGUACUUGACACUUCAGUUCUCAAAAGGAGGGAAGAAUGUGAUGUGUGAAGACUAUUUUGAUAACAUGAUUGUAUUCUCUGAAGCUUGGUGGAUUGGGACAAAAGAUGAGAAUCCAGAAGAGGUCCGACUUGAAUUCCCAAAGGAGCUCAAAGAGGAAAAACAUGUCGACCAUGAUUUUAAAGGUGGUGCUGGUGCAGGACCUGAAGAAAAAUUUGGUGGAAUUAAACUUAGAGAGGAGAAAAGGAAACCACAAUCUCCAACAGAUAGCCUGGAAGAUGAUAUUGAUAUCUCUGGCGACUCUUGUCCUUCACCUGGAAUAACUUUGAAAGAUGGGAUGGAGGUUACACCUGUUAGACAGUCUGCAAGAACAUCUGGGAGAAGAUUCAAUUUUGCAGAAGAUUCCCCCGGAGAUGAUUCUGAUGGAAGUGGGCCAACUGAUGUUGACUUAUCUGAAAUCAAGGGAAAGAAAGUUAUUGAGGAAGCUGAAGAUGCUAAGACUCUUAAGGGCAUUCCUAAUCUUAAAAAGACGGCAAAAUCUAGGUUGGUGCUUCCUGAUUCCAGCAAUGAUAUUCCAGCAAAGGAUAAUCAGUCUUCUCUUUCAGUGUGCCGGUCUGAAUUAGAAUCUGAGAGUAAGCAAGCUCCGCUUGUGCAAGCUACUAUAGCAUCACUCUUUCAAAAGGUCGACACUAAGAAGUUAACUGGAAGUGUAGAAAAAUCUGCAACUGCGAAAGUUGCUGUGAAGAAGUCAGCGAAAAUCAACUUGAAACGAAAGGCUGAUCAAGUUGGGGAUGGAGGACCUAGAAAGAAAGGGACAGUGGCCAACGAAAGCAAGGCUGAGAGAGGAUCCUCAACCAAGCAAAAGCAGCAACAGGUUGAAUAUGAAUCCAUAGAGGAUACCUCAAGUGAAUCAGAGGACAUCGAAGAAAGUGAGGAUGAUUUCAGCUGAAUCGCAAAAGCAUCACUUAAUGUGAUGUUGCUGGAUAUUCGUAUCCUCUUUUUGACAAGGUUUGGUUUUGAAGACCAUGGUUAUCUUGAUUCCGACUUUCAUGGCCACCAUUCUGAAGGAGUAGAGCUCGAACUACAACUCCAUGUUCUUGUGGGAUGUUCUUGCUCUCCAUUUUCCUUGUUGCGGGUUUUUCACAAACCUUAAUUUUCUGCCUUAGUGUCGUGAGCAAGAUUUAAGUCGGUCAGUGUUAUUUGGCAAUCUCUGCUUUGGUCAAAUAAUGCCGAUUACUUAUUGCUAGGGAUAUAUAAUGGUAAUAAAAACGCUCAUAACACUUCUUAUCUCCACAUUUAACCGCUAAUAUCAUACAACACCGCAGCUUUCUAUUUGUCGCAAACGUUUAAGUUGAAAAUUCUUUAAAAUGUUUUCAGCUUCGGAACCA